AUGGAGUUCAAGAUUGUUCGAUUGUUUGGUCCGGAAGGGAUCUAUCUCGAUUUUAGUGAGUGUGAGGUUCUGACAUUGGGCCCAGGCCCAGAGGUUUCACGAAGAAAGCUAGGUGAAGCACCUUACUCAGUCAGUUUAUCAUCAGCAAAACGGCCUGUCCAUGUUAAUGGGGCAAUCUAUUGGAUCACUAGUUUUAGGAGACACCCUUUGGAGGCAAUCGUCUCCUUCGACCUCCACACAGAGAAAUUCAAAGCAAUCCCACAUCCGAGUUGUCUGGAUAAUGACUUUAAGAGAUACGAGGCGGCCUUACAGCCUUUGAGAAACUCUCUUUGCCUGGCUGAGUUAACUAAUGCUAACAAGAGGAUGAACAUAUGGAUUUUCAUGAAAGGUUGCAACUCAUCACCAGGUUUGAAUGACAAAAUGGGAACUUGGGAGAUGUUGCAUUCUAUUGAUUUGGAGAUUAGGGUACACGAUUGGCCAAUGAGAAUUCCAAUUGCGGGGCACAAGAACGGAAUGCUUUCUACCAACUAUUAUGGAUACUGGGUGCAGCUAUACAAUCCAAAGAGAAGAAUGUUCACGAAUGUGCUAUCGCAUUGGAGAACAUUUGCUCCUACUGCAUACUUUGAAAGUUUAGUCCCUCUAUCUGCAAAAAAAAAGAGGGUUAAUUAG